GAAGUUGUUUACUCGUUUCAUGCUGUUGGGUCAUGUUUUGCGUUUAGCGAUUUAAAACCAAAUAGUAAACGUGAACACUGGUUGUGAAUAACAGUAUGAUAAAUCAUUCAUAGAAAUAAGUAAUUCAGUUAUGACAACAAACUAGAAAUCACAUGUUUCAAUGAAAGCUUCCAUUGAAAAAAAAAGAUAAAAUCUUAUUGGUUUGUCAUUCUUAAAAACACUUCGUUUCUAGAAUGGAUAUGGAAAACACUAUUAUGGAAGUUACUGUUUUAGCUGCAGAAGUUGCGAUAUUUUCAUUCUUUUAUAGAUUAUAUAAAAGUAAAUCCGAGUGCUUACAAUCGUUGACAGAGGCUCAAUGUUUUGAACUCAGUCCCAAUUUGAAGGAGAAUGUGCAAAAUAAAGGAGGAGUUAUUCCAUAUGCUGUAAUUACUGGUAACAUCAAAGCACUUGCCACACCUUUGAAAAGUCAACACUUCUCCCACAUUCGUGGUGUCAUACGAGAGAAUAUCAUACAAGAAAAUAAAGUCAGAUGGAUCCCUUUUCUAAGAGUAUGGAGCUCAACCAAUAAUACUAUCCAACAAUCAAUGACAAGUGUUCCUUUUGCUUUAAGUGGAAGAAGCGGAUUAUUUAGGAAGCAAGUGUGUGUUGAAGUGAUAGAUCCGCUUGUAGCUGAAGAACUAGAUAUCCCAGUCAUUUACAAUGAAUUCACUUCUCACCAGGAAACUUUUGGUGAAGCACUCGUCGACUUCUUUCGCGGAGAAAGAACGGUGGGGAUUCAGAAUAUCGAACGUGUCCUCAUUGAGGACACCAAUUUGACAGCUGUCGGUCAACUGGUGAUCGAGGACGAUGCACUGAAAAUAAAACCUCCAGAUGUUGGUACAUAUUUUCUAACGCCCUCCACUUUUGAAUCUUUGAUCGCAAAAGUAAAUGGCACUACAAAAGCGUUGAAGGUUUUUACCUAUUUUCUUGGAAUCAUUAGUUUUUUUUCUUUCAUUUAUGUGGCCAAGAAGGCGGGCUCAGAGUUCAAGCGUAGGCGAGAUGCUGCAGCGUAUCGAAAAAUGUUGGAAGAAGCGAAGAAAAAGAGACGAGAAGAAAUGUCUGAAGAUUUAGCGACUUCAGAGCACAUGCCGAAAUGUGUGAUAUGUUUGUCAAAGCCUGUAGAAGUAGUUAUACUUACGUGUGGGCAUGCAUGCUUAUGUAUUGAUUGCUCAGAACGUAUGACUGAAUUUUCAAGCAAUUUAUGCCCCAUAUGCAGAGAAGUAAUUGAUCACCUUGCUCCUGUUUAUUUACCGUAAAUGGCCAUGCCAGUGGAAAAGAUUUUUAAAAAUUUAAUUCUUAGCAUUUGAUGCUUCAAAAAUGUCCGUAACACAGGGGUGUAUUAAAAAAACUGAUUUUUAACGGUGAUAAAUUUUAAUGGAAACGUACAAAAGCAGUUUAACUCCUUUAAAAAAAACUCAACAAGUAUUUAAGUCUGACCGCAAAAAGUUGACCCUUGGCUCCACCUUGUUUCAGAACUAUUCAUUUUCGUGCAGGAGCGAUACGGAGGGGAAAGUUGUAACAGAAUUUGCAAGUGCAUCAUUGGUUCUAGAGCUUGAAUACGUCACCUUGGAAUUUAAGAAAUUAACUAAAGAGGCUAAACACUUAAAUUUUGUGCGAUCAUGGGAGAUGUCUCAUUGGACAAGUUACAUCCUAUGUAAGUGGGUGGUAACCUUGUUGUUACUUUUCUUUCAGCAGCCAUUGGUCAGAGAUAACAAUGCCACCUAUAAUAAUUUCCAUUGAAAUAUAUUGAGAGUAGGGUUACGAUAAAAGAAUAUAAAGCUUGUCAGUUUUAAUUUUUCGCCUACUCAAUGCAGCUAUUGCUGCAACUUAACCUUUCAGGUCGAAAUAAUCACACAAUGAAAAUAUACUAGGAGUACGUUUUUUUUUAAUCCCCCCCCCCAUUGCCAAAAUUUCUAUAAACACUCCCAAAUAUCCUUUCUUUCAUCUCUCCUAUUUUAAGGAAUGGGCUUGUUUUCUCAAAUGAUUGACAAGUGUGUCAUUUGUUUCCGGUCGAACUUUUUUUUUAUAUAAAAAUUCAUUAGUGGCAUUGUAAAUGCUUUGUGUAAUGUCCACCUGCAGUUGCAUGUAUGACAUCAAAACAAUAUCGUCGACGUUUUUUUGCAAGCUGCUGGCAGUGAUGAAUUACACUGCUUUUAAUAUCCUGUAUUAUAGGUCAUAAAUAUAAGGGUUGCCCAAAUGAAAAGUGAUAAGUUGAAUAAAAAUAAUACUUUUAAUGUAAAUCAAAAGAAAUCGUCAUGGGCGUUGAGGCACAGGUCCCAGCGUUGCAGCAGCAGGUCGAUGCCUUCGCUUUAGAAAGAUCAGGGCUGAUUCCUCAGGAAGUCCAGCACGGCUUCCUUCACUUCAUCGUCCGAAUGUAAACGUUUCCCCUCUAAUGCUCACUUAAGUGGCCCGAAGAUAUGGAAGUCACAGGUUGACAAGUUCAGACUAGACGGGGGUGCUGUAAAGCUUCCCAACGGAAAAUUUAUUUAGGGUCUUCUGGGUUUCCUAGGAUGAUCUUUGUGGGUGAUAGUGUGAACUCCUUUACUGAGGUUGAGUUCGUCACUGAUUUCAUGAGUCUCUUAAUCUUUCGAUUAGCUCGGAUCAUUUCAUGGGGAUAUUUCGCAUGGGGGGUAUUUUUCUUUGCAAAUCUAAACAAAGAGGCCGAAAACAUCCAUUAACAUAGGGUUACUAUAAAUCUGCAGAGUUACCAAAACAAAAUUAUUUACUCCGAAAACGAGACGACCGCGCUAGAUUCCCAAUUAUCAAAAUAUCCCCAAAAUAUUCAUAAGCAAUAAAGGCAACUUCCUUCAAAAUGUUUAAAAAGAAAGUAUUGAAAAAUUGUCUGGAAAAUGGACCUAGUGUUUUAGUUGAAAAUUGUCUGGAAAGUGGACGUAGUGUUAUAGUUUUUUUCUCGAAAGAGAAGCUUUGAAAAUUGGCUUAAUUAAAAUUGCUUAUAUCUCCGGUUCUAAUUAAGUGAGAGAAAUGGAACAAUCACUCUCUUGUUCAGAAAAAAAAAACCCUUUCCAACGAUUUAUAAUGUUAGGGGAUGGGGGGAUUUUUUUCAACUACCAAUUUGGCGAAACAUGUAAAUUUUUAGCUAAAUUAAUUUAGAAAAAAGCUAAUUUGAAAUUUAGAAUUCGGGCUUCGAGGUGCAGACCCCCGGGGUACGUUUGAAUUUUGUGCCAAGUUUCGGGGCUGUAGGUGCUAUGGGGGCUUCUGGCCAUCGGGUACAAGCAAAGAAACACCGUCACCUUUAUAUAUAUAGAUAAAUAUUUUUUUACAAGUGCGAUAUUAAAGUAUGCUGGAAAUUAGAUAGAUAAUUUAAACAAUAAAUUCAUUUCAACUCAGGUUAAACUAGCAAAUGUGCUAUUCAUGCAGUGAACUGGAUGUUAUAUGAAUGCAUAACCAUCUGAUAAGUCAGAUAAAAAUCAUGAAAUAUUUCUGGUAAUGCAAGAGAAUGACCAUAUACGAUAUGCAAUCAGAGGGUAAUUAAUACAUCAAGAUAUUUAUACCAGAGCAAAUUCUGAACAUGACGAGUGGUAAGGAAUCCGACCAGUUACUAGUACGAGCUCUUUAGCUGACGAUGAAAGUUAUCAAUGAACCCAUUGGCAUGAGGUUCACAACUAGUGAUGCAAAUCUCAUGAAUGUCUAGAAAUUUGCUGAGAGUAUCACAAAGCUGAUUUAGUAGAUUUGUACCACGAUGUGGAAACCCUGACCGAGGGGAAUGUUUUAACUACAGUAGUCCGGUUUUCCACAAGAAACACAUAUGGCCACUAACUGAACUUUGGAGUAAUGUUCAGUACACAUCAGCAUACAGUAAUUACUGAAGGGAAUCUAAGAGGGCCGACAAUGUCCAAGUGCACGUGGCAGGAUGUUGAUAAAGAUAAAGAAAAAUGCCUGAAGCAGUUCGCUUGCUCUUGUCACGACUUGUUUUCUAAUUAAGAACAGGAUUUCAGAAAUUUAUUCAAGUGUUGCUAUAUAGACACGGAGGUACAUGAACAUAUUACUUCACGUAGCCUCCCCCCCCCCCAAAAAAAAAAAUCAUUUGGGUAAUUAAUCGUUGUUGCAGUGGACAUCCAUCAAAGCUUUGUACUUGUAGAAUGUGUCAGGCGAAUUCAGCAAUCGUCUUUUGAUCUUUUAGGUGCUGCCGAUGGUGGAUACGUAGAACAUUUACUUGACAAAACGUCAGUGUUUUGUGAGCAUUUUUUUCUCAUUACUUUGUAUGUUCGUAUUAAAAAAUUGUACGAUUCAAAAUAAAAUCGAAUCAUUCUUUUUGAAAUACCCUGUACAAAUAUUGCAAUUAAGGUAUGGUUAUUGUAUGGUUUUUGGUUUCUUUAUCUUUGAUUUAUUGUAUUAUUUUCAAAUAAGGUUUGUAAAUAAACUACUUUUAA